GUUGUACUGCAAAACAAAGAGCAAUAGCAGAAUAUAAUAAUAAAGAUGAUGAAACAACAAAAAAAAGAAGUGUACAAGCAGGUGAUAAAGAUGAUAAGAUUAAUUCAACCAAUGAUAAUAACAUUAGUAAAGAGGAUACUACUAGUGAAGAUGACGAUAGCAAUAUAUCAACAUUGAAGAGAAAAAAGUCAAAAGAUAAUAAUACAAAGAAAUUAAAGAAAUUGAGAAAAAAAUAA